UGGAACUAAAAUGGAAUAAAAUUUAGGGACUAAACAUUAGUCCCUAGAAACCAAACACCCCUUUAGUUCUUCUUCAUGGGAGGUUUUUUCUAUAUUUGGGUUUGGCUCUUCUUACUUUGAAACUAGCUUUUAUUGGGACAGACCGGACCUGCGGCUUGACCGAUAAGAUCAGAGCACUGACCUGUCUGAUCCGCUUAAAAAAAACCGUGAUGAACCGAUAAAAAAACAUUGAACCCCGUUAGAAACAAACCGGGAAAACCGUUUUAAAAAGCCAGGCAUCAGAUGGCUAGUCGCUAGAGCCAUCCACUAACCGAGAGAGAUCGCGUAUCGUUGAGGGAUUAUUUAUUUGCUGCUCUUGGCUGAGGCAUUGUCGGGGGCGCCACCGCCGCCGCACCCACACCACCAUUACCACAUGUGCUUGGAGAUUCGAGUUUUACAGUGUAAAAAUAAUAUUUUAUAUGAUUGUACUCCCUCCAGUGCAGUAAAGGUAGUCGUUUAGGACAUGAUUGUGCAUACCAAGGAGUGAUUAAUUAUCAUAGAGUUUUCCCUGUUUGCCCCUAUUAAAUAGGGAUAUGGGUGCAUUAACGUCACUAAAACAAUCAGGCUUGAUUGGUUGCUGCAGCAGCUCCAAGGCAUUCUAGACUGGAGGUCUCAAGUUCGAUUCCUCUUAAAUGCAUCUUUUUUUGUGCAAUUACUAGGGGCAACAACGUCCAAAUUCCAGACCCACGCGCGCUAUGACUUCUUUUUGUGCACGCGCAGGAUGACUUCUUUUACUGCACCGGAGGGAGUAUACAUAAUUUGGUGGACACAACCUAGCAUGGGAAAAUAACUGUUCCCCAUGACAAUGACACCCUCGGUCUGUUCUGCAUGCACAUAAUAAAGGCAUUCACCCACCUCCAAGUCCAAAACAUACCUGAAAAGUACAUUCUGAAGCGAUAUACACGUAAUGCAAGAUCUGUGGUUCCGUGGGACCGGCACGAUGUGAGUGUUGGUGGUCAAAAUGAGACAGAGCAGUCAAGGUUGUCGAAGCUGCUGCCAAAGUUAAUGCGACUGGGAAGAGCGGGAAGCAAAUCUGAUAGAGCAUACACUGAAACUAUCAGGCACAUCGACAUGAUAACUCCUGGGAUUGAGCUUCUACGAACAUCGGAGAUUGGUCCGAUUGGUCCGGACGAAGCAACAAAUACUGAGUUGCAGCAAGAUGCAGAAGGACGGCGGAAUAUUGGUCCCAUCGCACCAACACAACAAAGUUCUGACAACAAUAUAGAACCUGUUGUGAUGCCAACUGGACCUACACCACCACCAGAAUCGGGCCUCAAUCCAGAUUCUGCAAACUGCCUCACUGAUCUAAGAUUGACUGAACCGCCAGUGUCGCGCACGAAGGGUAGGAAGUCUGCCAGUGGGGCUAAAUGUGCUAAAAAUAGUGUGGAACCUGCUAAUCCAUACAACACAUAUAGUGGGGGUCAGGGCAUAAGAGAGUGUCAAACCUGCCAUGUUAGGGGGCACUAUAGCACAACAUGCCCUCAGAACCCAAACAGAAGCAGAGCGGUCGAGAACAAGGACAAAAAGAGAAGUGCGAAAACUGUAGGUUGGACUCCAAGAAAAAGAGGUCGCCCAACAAUAAAAAAAGGACUAGAUGGGAAUCAAGAUGAGGCACAGAGUGAGGGGGAUGAGACACAGCAAUCUGGAUGCACUAUGGCGGUGGAGGAGUCAGCAGCACACGCGGUGAUUGCAAGAAUUAGGAGGGCGACAACUUGCCAUGUUAAUUACUAGGACGAAAGUGAUUAAGAAUGACUAUGAAUCUGACUGAAUCUCCAAUGUAAUAUUUCAAUUUUAUCUUAUUUUAUAACUCUGUGUAAGUUAAACUCAAUAAUGACUGUGUGACUGUUCGGAAAACAGUGGACACACAUGACCAACCAAUUGCAACAUCGUAGUUGCGCUGAUUGCAACUGUAUGUAUACACUAAAUAAUACAUGAAUCUGUGUUAUCUGUUUA